AUUCCUCUAUAAAGACAUCAAAUUAGUAUUAUCCACUGUCUACGGGGUGCGGAGUAACAUUUUAUUUACACUGUAUGUUGAGUAAUGUGCGGCGGGGUAGUCACAUGACUGCGCACCUGGUCCCUCCGUCCGCCGUAUCAAAUGCAAACCCGAAAAAGAGUCAUCUCCAAAGUGGGCUGUCGCAGCAGUCCUCCCCGUCCUUCCCUUUUGUUGUUCUCCUCUUUAUAACAGUUGGUCUGUUAUAACUGCCACCAUGGCCGACUUGACAAGCCCCAUCCUGGACGCCCUGUCCAGCACCGACGCUCCCAUCCUCUCCAGCGAUGCCUUCCCCUCCACCCCCUCAUUAUCCGUCAAGAGUGCCCUCGACCGCCUCGCCUCGCGACAGAUGGUCGAGUAUGACACCAUUGAAAGGGAAGUCGUUGGUCUCACCGGCGAGGGUGAGCAGAUUGUCGCCGGUGGCAGUCACGAAGCCAAGGUUUUCGAGGCCGUCGCCGCUGCUAUGGACGGAUUGAAGAUUACUGAGCUGCCCGGCAUUGUGGGUAAAGAUAACGCCAAAGUUGGCCAAGGUAAUGCCUUCAAGCGUGGUUGGAUCAAGAAGGACCAGGAUAGGCUGCGGACGAACACGGAAUCCAUUGUCGACGAGACCCGCGAAUUGCUCUUGACUGUGCAAAAGACGCAGGCGCUGGACAACCAGAAGACGCUGGCGGAAUUGAAGAAGCGGAAGCUGGUCGCGCUGCAAAAGGUUAUCAACUUCAAGAUCUCCAAGGGCCCCAAGUACGCUCGCGAAUUCGUCAAGGAGGAGACCGACCUGACGUCCGAGAUGCUGGUGAAUGGCUCGUGGAAGACCGCCUCGUUCAAGCCCUACAACUUCAAAGCCAAGGGUGCCCCAACACCCUCGGGAGCCUUCCACCCACUCAACAAGGUGCGCCAGGAAUUCCGCAGCAUCUUCUUUGAAAUGGGCUUCGAGGAGAUGCCCACGAACCGCUACGUCGAGACGGGCUUCUGGAACUUCGACGCCCUCUUCGUGCCGCAGCAACACCCCGCCCGUGACCUGCAAGACACCUUUUACAUCUCCGACCCCGUGCAAGCAGACCCCCCUCGCGAGGAUCCCCUCAAUGACCCGCACCGGCCCAAGUCCGCGCAGCCCGUCUCGCGCGCCUACAAGGAAAACGAGAAGCCCCUCGACUUCAAGGCUUACUGGGACAACGUGCGCGAAGUGCACCAGAACGGCAAAUACGGCUCCGUUGGCUACCGCUACCCCUGGAACGCCGACGAAUCCCUGCGUCUCGUCCUCCGCACCCACACCACCUCCAUCUCAACCUAUGUGCUGCACAAGCUGGCCGCGAACCCGCGCCCCGCGCGCUUCUUCAGUAUCGACCGCGUCUUCCGCAAUGAGGCCGUCGACGCAACCCACCUGGCGGAAUUCCACCAGAUCGAGGGUGUCAUUGCAGACUUUGACCUGACGCUGGGUGGCCUGAUUGGAUUCAUGGAGGUCUUCUUCGCGAAGAUGGGUAUCCACCAGCUGCGCUUCAAGCCUGCGUACAACCCGUACACCGAGCCGAGUAUGGAGAUCUUCGGCUACCACGAGGGUCUCGGUAAGUGGGUUGAGAUUGGAAACAGUGGAAUGUUCAGACCGGAGAUGUUGGAGCCGAUGGGGUUGCCCAAGGACAUGCGGGUCUAUGGAUGGGGGUUGAGUUUGGAGAGACCUACUAUGAUUAAGUACGGCGUAAGCAACAUCCGAGAACUUCUCGGCCACAAGGUAGACCUGGGCUUCAUUGAGAGCAACCCCGCCGUUCGGUUGGAGAAGGAUUAAACGUUUGCAUGAUAGAUUUCGUUUGUAACUUAUGAUUUGCACGAGAGAUGACAGGAGUUAAAAAGUUAUCUCAUUUCUGCCCAAGUAUUGAUAUCCUAGUUUGUACACUACGAGGCAAUGUCCCACCCGUAUCUGUGCCCCAGUACAUAUCCUCUGCAAAGUGGCUCUUCAGUAGGCGGCUACCUACACAUUU